AUGAUUUCGAAAUCAAACAACAAUACUAGUAUUAGUAGUCAAAAACAAAAUGGCAGCAUUUAUCAACCCCUCACAACGCCACUUGGCGAUAGUACAAUAGAUCUAUCGCCUGCGGUAGCGACAUCUGUUAAAACGACACCGCUCAAUAAAUCCAUUAAACAUGACCUGUUUCCGGAAGUAACAUUUUGUAAUCUAUCUUCCGAAGAUUUGGAAGAGCAUGAGCAGAACGCACACAUGCUAAAGAACAGCAUUAUCACCAUAAAUGUCACCGACAACACAGCCAUGACAUCUCUGGCCAAUGGCACAAGCAAUGGUAAUGGCAACACGAAGAAAAGAAAACGUCUGAUAUCAAAUGAUUCGGGUGAUUCAAUCGAUUCGGGCUCAACGGAGAAAAAGAAACCAGAAAUGCCAGAUGGCGGUUAUGGUUGGGUAGUAGUAUUUGCCUCUUUGGUUGUCUCCCUCAUAGCAGAUGGUCUCUCAUUUUCAUUUGGUCUGAUUAACACCGAAUUGCUGGACUAUUUUGGUGAGAGUCCCUCGAAGACCGCUUGGAUUUCAUCACUAUUCUUCUCAGUGCCUUUACUAAUGGGUCCCAUUUGGUCGAAUCUAGUGGAUAAGUAUGGCUGCCGUAAAAUGACCAUAAUAGGAGGCGUAGUAUCAGCCAUUGGAUUCGGUCUGUCUUCAGUUGUCAAUUCUGUUGAAAUGCUAAUGGUCACCUUUGGCAUAAUAUCGGGCCUGGGUCUGGGUAUUGGCUAUGUCACUGCCGUUGUAUCUAUAGCCUUUUGGUUUGACAAGAAGAGAACAUUUGCCACUGGCAUUGGUGCUUCGGGUACUGGUAUCGGUACCUUUUUGUAUGCCCCCUUAACGCAAUGGCUGAUCGAUACGUAUGGCUGGAGAGGUGCUACUUUAAUUUUAGCCGGUACUAUGCUUAAUGCUUGUGUUUGUGGUGCUUUAAUGCGUGAUCCCGACUGGUUGAUCGAAGAAAAUCGUUUGGAAAGUAGAUCACAAAGUGUUACUACAUUCUCCAAUUCUAGUGUAUGUUUGGAGGAGAUCAAGAAACUGCUGGAUACAGGAGCUACCAAGGAAUAUGUUUUGGAUACUUUGGUAACGAAAAACAAUACCGAAGCCAAUCAACAAAUAGAGGAGCUAAAUGAAACACACCUAAAAAGAUAUCGCAGUGAGCUAUUUCUGCCCACAUUUUUGAGCUCUCAAGAAUUAGAGGAACUGUACGAAGUGAAGAGCACGAGUAGAAGAUCUCUAAGACUGAAAGAAGGUGCUGAAGCACCCUCAAGAGAAAACCUGCUCUCAAUGUCUUCGACUGGUAAUCCUUAUGCUACGGCUGCCAUUAUCGGUUCACCCGACGACACCAUGAUGGGAGGCAUUCCCAGCGAAGUGGCCGAAACAGCCAAGAAAACCUUUUUAGCAUCCAUUGAAACUCUAUCGCCUUCAGAGAAACGUUCAUCGGAUAAUCGUACGCCUGUCAACACUUCUCUGAUCUCGCUACGCUCCUCCACCGAUGAGGGUUAUUUAACACAAAAAUAUUCCCGCGAACACAAUCAACAUGCAGAAAACUGUGCCAAUUCUCGUUACUCCCUCAAUGAGAAUAUAUUUUUUGCGGCCAAAAAGGACUUAAGACACCACGGUCAUCGUCACAAUUCCGUUGAUGUCCUCAAUCCCGUGGCUCAUUCAUAUUUUUCAGCAAUUAAGGAUCAUGGUUUAGCUUUAAUUGAAUCCAAUUUAAAGAAACACAAUGAAAUUGUCAACAGCACCAGUGCGGGCAGAAAUGGUGGCCCGGCCGUUAUAACGAUACCCGAAAAUGAACCCUUAACGGGUCAACAAACAAAGGGGCCGAUAAAGAGGACACGCAUCGAUAGCAUCACUGGCAUGCGUAGACUGUCGAAAUCAAAGAAGCCUAGCUAUCGUUCCAAUCUAAGACGGAAUAUAUCCAUACGCAAUUCAAAUUUCUUAAAGGAUAUGAGAAUACAUCGCAAUUCGAUGCAUUAUCGUGGUGCCAUGCUGAGCACACAUCGUUAUCGUUUGAGAGCUUCAUCGUGUCCUAAUAUUUAUAGGAACUCAAUGACGACAAUUGCUAAGGAAGAUGAAGAUACCUGGUAUGACAAUCUCUUCGAUACAAUGAAAUCUGUUUUUGAUUUCUCAUUAUUUAAGGAUACGAAAUUUACUUUAUUUAAUUUAUCAACAUUAUUCUUAUUUAUAUGGUUCAUAAUUCCAUAUCUGUAUUUACCCGAAUAUCUAAAAAUGCAUGACUACGAUACAUCGGCUAGUGCUCAAUUGAUUUCGGCUAUUGGUAUUGCUCAAACCAUUGGUAUGAUUGGUUUGGGUUAUUUGGGCGAUCGUUCAUGGAUGAAUGUAAAUGUUUGCUACUCAGGAUGUAUGAUAAUUUGUGGCCUUUCCGUAGUGUUAAUGCCAUUGCUGGUAUCCAGUUAUAAUGGCCUUUUAGCUUUGUGUAUAAUAUUUGGUUUUACAUUUGCCAGUUCUUUCUCCUUUACACCAAGUAUCUUGGUUAGUAUAGUGGACUUGGAUGAUUUUACCUGUGCCUAUGGUCUGGUACUGUUGGUGCAAGGUGUCGGUAUGAUAGCCGGUCCUCCCAUAGCUGGUGCUAUAUAUGAAGCAACUUUAAGAUGGGAUAAUGCUUUUUAUUUCGCCGGUGCUUUUAUAGCAUUAUCAGGUAUUACUGCUUAUCUGAUAGAAUUCUGUGAGAAAAAACCUAAAGAAAGUGAUAGUGAUGUUUCCGUAAUUAAAAAAGUACAUUAAGUUUCUAAUCCUAGAAGCUAUGUA